AUGGAGCCGCAUCUUCCCCGUGUAGGGCGUGCAAAGGAGCGGUGUGAUGUCACAGCACGACAACACUGCUUCAAAUCGGCAUUGAGUCCUCGCCUGGAUGUGAAGCUAAAGGAGGGGGGGGGGGGGUGGAAGUGUGUGUGUGGGGGGGGUUGCUGGACGCGGCCAACUGGCAGCGCACCAAACGCUCGCACCUGUUUGGAGUCGGGAGGUGCAGCGCGCAGCAGCGGAGACUCGUGCAGUGACCAAGGGAAUUACGGCGACGGCGGCUUAUCCCACACCGGUGGAUUUACAUCGGCUCAGGCCCCGCAAUCCGAGCUGCACUCGCGUAUGGAGGAGUUCUGUCCCAUCUGA